AUGGAGGAGGUCAACGAGGAGCAGCAGCAGAAGCAACAGCAGGAGGAGCAACAGCAGGAGGAGCAGCAGCAGGAGCAACAGCAGGAGGAGCAGCAGCAGGAGCAGCAGCAGGAGGAGCAGCAGCAGGAGGAGCAACAGGAGGAGGAGCAGCAGCAGGAGGAGCAGCAGGAGGAGCAACAGCAGGAGCAGCAGCAGGAGGAGCAGCAGGAGGAGCAGCAGCAGGAGGAGCAGCAGGAGGAGCAACAGCAGGAGCAGCAGCAGGAGGAGCAGCAGGAGGAGCAACAGCAGGAGGAGCAGCAGCAGGAGGAGCAGCAGGAGGAGCAACAGCAGGAGCAGCAGCAGGAGGAGCAGCAGGAGGAGCAACAGCAGGAGCAGCAGCAGGAGGAGCAGCAGGAGGAGCAACAGCAGGAGCAGCAGGAGGAGGAGCAGCAGGAGCAACAGCAGGAGCAGCAGGAGGAGCAGCAGCAGGAGGAGCAGCAGGAGCAACAGCAGGAGCAGCAGGAGGAGCAGCAGCAGGAGGAGCAGCAGCAGGAGCAGCAGCAGGAGGAGCAGCAGGAGGAGCACCAGCAGGAGCAGCAGCAGGAGGAGAAGAAGGAGGAGCAACAGCAGGAGCAGCAGGAGGAGGAGCAGCAGGAGGAGCAACAGCAGGAGCAGCAGGAGGAGCAGCAGCAGGAGGAGCAGCAGGAGGAGCAGCAGGAGGAGCAACAGCAGGAGCAGCAGGAGGAGCAGCAGCAGGAGGAGCAGCAGGAGGAGCAGCAGGAGGAGUAA